AUGGCCAGCUUCGUCAACCAGGGCCAUGAUCUGAAUAUCCGAGUCAUGAGCCGGCGCCUCGUUUCGGCCUCCGACUCUUCCAUCAAGGAGCACGUCCUUGGCGUGUCCAACAUUGACCUUCUCCAUGGCGCGUUCCCGGUGUCACUGGUGUGCAUAUACCCGAGACCUCCAGCCGGCGGCUUCCACUUCCACGCCGUCGUUGCCGCCUUCGAGUCCGGGUUGCCGUCGUUGCUCAACCACUAUUUUGUCCAUGCUGGGCGCAUCGUGGCUAAUCCCCGCACAGGCCUCCCCGAGAUCCUUUGCAACAACCAAGGUGCGGAGCUCAUCGUCGGCGUGGCCGACGUCGCUCUGGCGGACCUGGACUUCAGCAGCAUGGACUUGUCCGUACGUAAGAUCCCGCUGCCGUACGGCGGCGACGUCCCGCUGUCGGUGCAGCUGGUGUCGUUCGCGUGCGGCGGCUUCUCUGUGGCGUGGGGCCACAACCACCUGCUCGGCGACGGCCACGCGCUGCUCGGGCUCGUCGGCGGGUUGUCGGAGCUCGCGCGGACGGGCAGGCUCGCCCCGGGAUCCCGGCCGGCCCAUGACCGCUCCCUGUUUCGCCCGAGCUCCACGCCGUGGAGACCAAGGAGGAGCUCCCCACUCGCCGCGUUCAAGCCGUUGACCCCCGAUCGCAUGGUCAACGUCCUAACGAGCGAGGCGAGCUGCGUCCAUCGCUUGUACUACCUCGAGGCGCAGGCCAAUUCCCGGCUCCGAGGGAUGGCGAGCCAGGACGGAGACGGCCGCCGUGCUACGCGGGUACAGGCGAUGUCGGCGUACAUGUGGAAGACCCUAGCCGCCGUGGUUGGGGCGGCUGACACGCGCUGCCGCAUGGGCUGGUGGGUGGACGGGCGGCGUCGACUCACGGCGCCGGAGCACCGCGCCCUCGCGACGACCAGCUAUGUGGGCAACGCGUCCAUCUUCGUACUGGGAGAGGACGGCGUGGAGGAAAUCCGGCGGAAGCCUCUGCCGGAGGUGGCGUCCAUGGUGCGCGAACUGAUCGAUGCGCCGGGGUACGGCGACCGCUUCCAGGAGGUGGUUGACUGGGUGGAGCAGCACAAGUCCGGCGCCACCUACAUGGACGCGUCCAACAUCGGGCUGGGCUGCCCGACGGUGGCUGUGACGGCCAUGACCUCGUUCCCCAUGGACACGGACUUGGGCUUCGGCCACGCGGCAAUGGCGAUGACCACAACGCGCGGCAGGGGGCUAUGCUCUGGGUUCGUACAGAUGGCGGCUACGCCUCGAGGCGACGGGGCCUGGAUCGUCAGUGCAAGCGUGUGGCCAAAGCUCGCCGCUGCUCUGGAGUCCGAUGAGCUGCGCAUUUUUGUGCCAAUCACAGCCAAGCAUCUUGGUCUGAAGCUCAACGAAGCAAUUGUGAAGGAGAAUGGUAGCCCGCGUAGCCGGUUCUAAUGGGCGAGAGGGCGGCGAGGGCAGAGGGUGGU